AAGAGGAAUGGGAGGCUCGCGGCUGCUGCUCACGGGACUGAUGGUCAUCGCAGCUUGCUCUCAAUCUCUCUGUGCGUCAGGCAGAUGCAGUGAGGAGGUGGCUCGUCUGCGGGAACAGGAGACGCUUCUGAAGGGCCGGCUUCAGAAACAAGAGGUCCUCCUACACAGAUUGCAACUGCUGAGCCAACCGGGCACCGGGGACAAAGCCGGACCGGGCCAGAGCCAGGACAACGAGUCCACAGACUGCUCCCAACUAUUCAGUUCUGGCUCCAAAUCCAGCGGCUUCUACACAAUCAGACCCCACGGCAGCCCUCAGCCAGUCAGAGUCUACUGUGACAUGAGUGAUGGAGGUGGUUGGACCGUCAUUCAGAGGCGGAUCGACGGGACGGAGAGGUUCAACAGGUCGUGGGCAGAGUAUAAAGAUGGCUUUGGAGUCAUGGAUGCAGAGUUUUGGCUCGGAAAUGACAACCUGCAUUACAUCUCGACCCAAGGGAACUAUUCUCUGAGGAUUAACCUGAGAGACUUUGAUGGUUACCAGGGCUACGCCGAGUACAAUAACUUCAAAGUGGCCAAUGAAAAGGAUCACUACCGACUUACCUUUGGAACCUAUGUCGGCACGCUCGGAGAUGCUCUGUCUGGAAACUAUCAGGUCGGUGUGUCAGAGUGGGCCGGGCACCAGGGCGUCCGAUUCAGCACCUACGACCAGGACAACGACAACCACAAAGGAAACUGCGCACAGGAAGACAAAGGAGGCUGGUGGUUCAACAAGUGUCACUCAGCCCAUCUUAAUGGCAUGUACUACCCCAAUGGGUACUACAGUGCGUUGACGGAUGACGGUGUAGUUUGGUACACUUGGAGGGGAUGGUGGUACUCCCUGAAGACGAGCGUCAUGAAGCUGCGACCGACCGACUUCAAAAUCGACCCCAUUGACGACCCCAACGCUGUUCCUCACAGACCAGCUUCCUAGAUCGGAAGUCAGGGGAUAUAAAGUCUUCGCGGCUCAACUUUUUGGGUCUGAAACAGCUGGGCAACUGCACCCAGCACAACAUUUAGACGAAGCAGUAUGUUUGACCUACAUGUACCAAACUUCGUAGGCACAUGUAUCACAUGUAGAUUUUAAUAAAGUAUUCUUGGGCCAUUCUCUAAACCUAACAGGAAGUCAGACAUUUAUUUAUUUUAUGUGACUAUCCUGCAUUUCGUUUUUCAGGUGCAAUACUGUAAGAAACUUCUCCUUGGUAAUGUCUUAUAUCCACUUCACAUUUAGUUAGUUUAAUCUUAAGACCUUUAUGAUUAAAAAAUGUAUCUAAAGCUUUACGUUUGAUGGAAUCGGCGACCCGACCCCGGAUUAAGCGGAUGAGAAUGGAUGGAUGGAUGUAGCUGUGGCUGGUUCUAUCAGACUGAUUCUGGAUGAAAGAAAGUAGCAGUAACUAAGUAGAGUACAUAUAGACUAGAUAGACCAAAGAUUUAAUCACACUCAUUUCUGAAGUGGAAUUAAACUGUACACUUACACAAUAUAGUAACAUCUUUAAAGACUUAAGCUACUUAUAGAACAAUGUACUUAACUUGUAAGGGGAUCUGGGUAAACCUUUUGCCUGGUUUAGAGACUGUAAAGGGAAGUAACGCGCAUGCACAGUUUGUUUUAGUGGAGAAAAGGGAAAUCUCAUCAGCUGCAAGACACCAGGAAAAGGAACUCAGACCCCGAGUGGAUUGAAGGGGUCGUCACUUCUGUACUUCAAAACCAGGAUUCCUAAAAUAAACAAGGAAUCACUU